AUGUAAAAUUUGAAAUAAUAUAUACAUACCAUACAUCAUUAAUUUAUUGGUGAUUAGAGUGCAUCAGACUUAGGUUCUACUUUAGCAAAUUGCAUUAAUCUCUCAAAUUUGACUCUUGACCUUCGUGAAAAUUAUAUUGGUGAUGAAGGUGCAUCAGACUUAGGUUCUGCUUUUGCAAAUUGCAUUAAUCUCUCAAAUUUGACAAUUGAACUUAGUAAAAAUUAAAUUGGUGAUGAAGGUGCAUCAGGCUUAGAUUCUGCUUUAGCAAAUUGCAUUAAUCUCUCAAAUUUAACACUUAACCUUGGUCACAAUUAAAUUGGUGAUAAAGGUGAAUUAGGCUUAGGUUCUGCUUUAGCAAAUUGCAUUUAUCUCUCAAAUUUGACACUUUAGCUUUAUGGUAAUUAAAUUGGUGAUGAAGGUGCAUCAGGCUUAGGUUCUGCUUUGGCAAAUUGCUUUAAUCUCUCAAAUUUGACACUUAAUCUUCAUGGAAAUUAAAUUGGUGGAACGGGUGCAUCAAGGUUAGGUUCUGCUUUUGCAAAUUGCAUUAAUCUCUCAAAUUUGACUCUUGACCUUCGUUGGAAUAAAAUUGGUAAUGAAGGUGCAUCAGGCUUAUGUUCAGGUUUAGCAAAGUGCAUUAAUCUCUCAAAUUUGACACUUGACCUUUGUUGUAAUUAAAUUGGUGCAUCGGGUGCAUCAGGCUUAAGUUCUGCUUUAGCAAAGUGCAUUAAUCUCUCAAAUUUGACACUAGAACUUAAUUGUAAUUAAAUUGGUGCAACAGGUGCAUCAGGCUUAGGUUCUGCUUUAGCAAAUUGCAUUAAUCUCUCAAAUUUGACACUUGACCUUGGUGAAAAUUAAAUUGAUGCAACAGGCGCAUCAGGCUUAAGUUCUGCUUUAGCAAAUUGCAUUAAUCUUUCAAAUUUGACACUUGACCUUGGUUAACAUCAGUUUACUUGUUUUGGAUUUAAAAAUUAAAUUGGUGAUGAAGGUGCAUCAGGCUUAGGUUCUGCUUUAGCAAAUUGCAUUAAUCUCUCAAAUUUGACACUUAACCUUUAUGACAAUUAAAUUGGUGCAACGGGCGCAUCAGGCUUAGGUUCUGCUUUAGCAAAUUGCAAAAAUAUCUCAAAUUUGACACUUAAACUUGAUGGAAAUUAAAUUGGUGAUGAAGGUGCAUCAGGCUUAGGUUCUGCUCUAGCAAAUUGCAUUAAUCUCUCAAAUUUGACACUUUAACUUCGUGGUAAUUAAAUUGGUGCAAUAGGUGCAUCAGGUUUAGGUUCUGCUUUAGCAAAUUGCAUCAAUCUCUCAAAUUUCACACUUGACCUUCGUAAAAAUUAAAUUGGUGAUGAAGGUGCAUCAGGCUUAGGUUCUGCUUUAGCAAAUUGCAUUAAUCUCUCAAAUUUAACACUUGACCUUUAGUAAAAAGAGUUUAUUUGUUUUGGAUUGUGA